AUGCGUGACAUCGAAGAUUUUGUUUUCACAAAUAAACAAUGUACUGCAAUAUGUAUGGCCAAAUCUGAAAAAACGACUGUUGCAAGCAUUCGAAAAUUUUUGGGAAUAGCUGAAUCAGAGUCAGAUUUAGAAAGUCAGUCUCUGAGUCAUAAUGUACGAGUAUCUCUUAUUGCUAUUGGAAACUAUUUACUUCACAGUCAUGGGAACCUAGCCGACGAACUCAUUCCGUCCCUUCUUCAAUACCUUGCUGCAUUGCCGCAUAUGAAAUGGAUUGAUGAUGGACUAAUAAAUAAAACGGAUAAGGUGCCCGUACAAGAGCAAUUUUCCUUUUGUUUCAAUACGGUGCUUUCGGAUCUAGCUGCUCGACUUCCAACAUUUCGUGAAAAAAUUCUGAUUGCUCAAGCGGACGCACUGGCAUGUGCUGUUUCUUCAGUCAUUGAACUUGUGGAGAAUAGCGAAGAACGUGAAAAUAAAAAAACCUAUAUUGUAAAACUUGUUUGUUAUAUUCUUGGAUUAAUUCGGACUAUUGGAAGAUUUUCAACAGACUAUGAGCGACCACUUAUAUCCAUUAUUUUUCCGCUGCCUAUUGACAACUGUGAUGGAAAGUUGAAAUCAACAAAAAGCAUGCAGAAAAUCAGUACUGAUGAAUUUUUGAAUUCCCCGUCAGAUGUGGAUGAUGCCGAAUUUGACGAAACUCGUUUAAUUAAAGUGUAUAAUAAACACGGAACUUCAUUUCUUGUUCGGCAGUUUUCUGGAGGACUCAAACUAAAAAUGACGUCACAUGAUUUAGAAAAACUCUUCGACACCGUGCAACGUUUGAUGGAUGACGAAUUUUUAAUAUCUCUCGAUAGAAUAUCAACAGAUGUUUUUAGAGCCGGAUCUGUCAAGAGAUAUCCGUAUAAAACUAUUAGCGAAACAAUUCGACUAUGCUGUUUAUGCUUUUUGCGCGACAUUCUGGCACCGUAUGAAGUGUGGAUAAAUAGUGAUCUGAAAGGCGUUGAUUUUCCAGCGUCGGAAACAUUUGCAAGAGAGGUAAAUGCUUUUGCCACAGACGCGUUGCAGAAGCUUGAUACUGCGAGAGCUUCUAAUUCUUCAGAAGCUACAAUACAUAUUAAUGACGAUGAAAAUUGUAUUUCAAAAUCGCGUUUAAAUAUUCAUGCUGCUACCGUUGCCUUGCAAUUGAUCGCUUGGGCUGCUGUCGACGAUAUUGAUUCGGAUCUGAUCUGUUCCACAAUAUCACCAAGGCUUUUUACCAAUUUACCUCAAAAAUCAAUCAUCUCUCAAAUCCCAAUUUUCACAAACUCAUUAAGUUCUCUAGCGAAAAUAGCGGAAAAAUUUCCUGCUGUAGCGACUGCCACCGUUAUACCAAUAUUGUCACGGUUUCUGCUUGAACCUGCUCCAAUGCUAACGAAACUUACAUCAGAGGCAAAUAUGGGAAAGUCAACUAUGGAUAUUAAAAACUCAGACGUCGGAUCUAGUCGAAAACAAGCUUUGGAUUCUCUUAAAAACUCUGCAAUUCACGCAAUGUGCAGAUCUCUUAAGUCCGCUUUAAAAGUUGAAUCAAAGUGUGUUGAGGCGUGCUUAGCUAGUCUUUCCUCAAAAUUGUUCGUCUGCUCGAAUGCCACAAAUUUUGUUGUGUCAUUGGUUUCGGAAAAUGCUAUCCAAACCCUUGGAGGAAUAGGUGUUGGCUUAGUAGACACCCAAGGCGUCGAUGUUCCUGACAUGGUAUUACAAAUAUAUCUUCAAAGGUUUGCCAAUCCACCUUCGUAUCUGGAUGUUGCUAUGGUGAGAUGCCUAGCUGAGAUGUGGAUUGCUGGAGCGGUUUCAAUUCAUGACGGCGUAUCAAAAUUAUUUACCCAAAUUUGUAUCGAAUCAUCCAACAGAGUUUAUUCGCAAGAUAAUUCGGAUUCAAACGACCAUCGUUAUACGUAUGGAAUUUAG